AAAGUUGUUUAUUUAACAAGUGCAUUAUUUGACAAAUCGACGUGUCAACAAUUGAAGCUGUAAAGCAGUUUUCUUAUUUUUCCAAAUAUAUAAGAUAUUUUCAGUUUUUAAAGCUAAAUAAGUCGCUGAAGAUGGCUGCAGCCGCUCCAGUACGUACCAAUUGGCAUCCGGCCAUGAAACACAGCGAUUUGGAAAGAUGGAUUUGCAUUUAUCCAGCUUAUAUUAAUAGCAAGAAAACCAGACAGGAAGGUCGUCGAUUGCCCAAGGAAAAUUGUGUUGAAAAUCCAACAUAUGCUGAAAUCCGCGAUGUUCUCUCUGCUAGUAAUGUUCGAGUAGCAGUUGAAAACAAACAAUAUAGCCGAGAGAAAAGUAGGGAAGUUCAAUUCCGUGGUAGAAUACGCGUACAAAUGCGCAACGAUGACGGUUCUUUUUGCAAUCCUGAAUUCACUAGCCGCGAAGCGAUUAUGUUACAUGCAUCCACCAGAAUACCCCAAUUGAAAAGUCGCCAAGCCAAACCAGGCGGUGAAGUACCACAGCAACAACAACAAUCGACAAGUGGUGGUGGCGGCGGAGGUGGUGGUAAGAAGGGCAAGGGUAAAAGACGUUAAGACGUGGCUCUGCCAACCAUUGGCCAUUUUUUUUUGCUUUAAACUCUUUUGUUAUUCAACGGCUUAAAUUAUGAUACAAUAUCGUUUUCUAUGAGAAUAAAAAUUGCUGUCGAUCAAAAGUUGAUUCAUUACA